AUGGCCUCUGUCACCCGUCUCAGCAACUCUGCCCUGAGGGCCUCAUUGCGCGCCCCCGCCUUCAAUGGCGCGGCUUUCAACGCCUCUCGCUGCUACUCCGCGAAGGCCCAGGUGAGCUGCAUCGCCAAGCACAUGACGACAUGUUGCCUCCUGAAGCUCAAGGGCUUCCAAGGCCAAGAUGAACGGAAUUCUCUGAAGGACCGCUUCGCCGAGCUUCUCCCCGAGAAGAUUGAGCAGAUCAAGACUCUGCGCAAGGAGCACGGUUCCAAGGUUGUCGACAAGGUCACCCUCGACCAGGUCUAUGGCGGUGCCCGUGGCAUCAAGUCUCUCGUCUGGGAGGGUUCCGUCCUCGACGCCGAGGAGGGUAUCCGAUUCCGUGGAAAGACCAUCCCUGAGUGCCAGGAGAUCCUCCCCAAGGCUCCCGGUGGCAAGGAGCCCCUCCCCGAAGGCCUCUUCUGGCUUCUCCUGACCGGUGAGGUCCCUACCGAGCAGCAGGUCCGUGAUCUGUCCGCCGAGUGGGCUGCCCGCUCCGAUAUCCCCAAGUUCGUCGAGGAGCUCAUCGACCACUGCCCCAACGACCUCCACCCCAUGGCCCAGUUCUCUCUGGCCGUCACUGCCCUCGAGCACACCUCCUCUUUCGCCAAGGCCUACGCCCGAGGCAUCAACAAGAAGGAGUACUGGCACUACACCUUUGAGGACUCCAUGGACCUCAUUGCCAAGCUGCCCAACAUUGCUUCCCGCAUCUACCAGAACGUCUUCAAGGGCGGAAAGGUUGCCCCCAUCCAGCAGGACAAGGACUACUCCUUCAACUUCGCCAACCAGCUCGGAUUCGGCGACAACAAGGACUUUGUUGAGCUCCUGCGUCUGUACCUGACCAUCCACACCGACCACGAGGGCGGCAACGUCAGCGCCCACACCACUCACCUGGUCGGCAGCGCUCUCAGCUCCCCCUUCCUGUCCCUGGCUGCCGGUCUUAACGGUCUUGCCGGUCCCCUGCACGGUCUUGCCAACCAGGAGGUGCUCAACUGGUUGACCGAGAUGAAGAAGGCUAUUGGCGACGACCUCAGCGACAAGGCCAUCACCGACUACCUCUGGUCUACUCUCAACGCCGGCCGUGUCGUCCCUGGUUACGGCCACGCCGUCCUCCGCAAGACUGACCCCCGCUACACUGCUCAGCGCACUUUCGCUCAAGAGAAGAUGCCCAACGACCCCAUGUUCCAGCUGGUCAGCCAGGUUUACAAGAUCGCCCCUGGUGUCCUGACUGAGCACGGCAAGACCAAGAACCCCUACCCCAACGUCGACGCCCACUCCGGUGUCCUUCUGCAGUACUACGGCCUGACCGAGGCCAACUACUACACCGUCCUCUUCGGUGUCUCCCGUGCCAUUGGUGUCCUUCCCCAGCUGAUCAUUGACCGAGCUGUCGGUGCUCCCAUCGAGCGCCCCAAGUCCUUCUCCACUGACAAGUGGGCUGAGCUUGUCAAGAAGCUGUAA